CAUCUGCAGCAGCUCGCCGCACACUUGACCACGCGCCGCGGAACACCCGGUGGUCUACGUCGUCGUCCGUUCUCGACCGCGCGCGCGUUACUACUGCUGUUACACAGCUCGACUUGCACUACUGAAGACGCGGCCGUGUGUGCUACUGUUGAAUUAUCGUCGUGUGUUUUUUUUUUUUUUAUCUCUGUAUUUUUCGCGUCACAAUUUAAUUCGCCGACGGUUAUAUCGUACGCAUUUUGUUAACCGUAAAGGAUUUCCGUUACGCCGUACGGGGUGCCGAAACGAUCACAAAACAUGACUUCCGGGGUGGCGGCGGCCGACGAUCCGCUGUCGCAGGGCUCGCCUCUGGCCACCGACGCUUGCGCCCAAAAGAAAAUCAACGAAAACAACCGACGGGUGAGUCGAACGGAACCAACGUUACAAUUAUUGGCCAUAGAAUGAUAAAAAAAUAAUAAUAAAAAAAAUGGUUCGAUAAAUAUUGUUGUCACAUAAUAUUCGAAUAUUACCGACGGUUAUAUUUUGUUGCGCGCCAAUAAACGCCGGUGAUUUUGUUUAAAAACCCAUAAAUGCGUAAUAUUUAUUCGGCAAAAUAGCGAAAACACGACGAUAUUUCAUUUAAAAUAUCGUUGUUCCUAUUUAUUUCAAUUUGUACUGUUUGUAUAAUAUAACGGGGCUUGCGAAUAUUUCGUUUUGGAAGAAAUGCUCGCGGAUUUUCGAAUACCUAAUUUUUAAUUUUUAUAUUUUCGACACGACAAUAAUCAAUAUUACAGUUAAUUGAAAAUCACUACUCUUUAACCGUAUUAUUAUUAUAGCCGGGUUUUCAUUGUUUGGACAACAUUGUGUAAAAUCAUAAUUUAUUCAAACACAAUUACAAUUAAUUAUUAGUAAUAAUUAUGCGCAUACGUCUAUUUUUUUUUAAUAUUAUAUUAAUAGGUCUUUACGCUUAUUAUUUUAGUAUUAUGAAUGUGUUUUACUACCAAAUGCUAUUGCAUAAUAUGCAUUAAAACCUACUAUAUUAUUACUGUAAUUUACGGCUCUUAUGCGACACAAACAAUAAUAUUUCGUUUUUAUCGUCAUUUUUCAGGCAGACAAUACAUUUUCUUAGAUUUUCUAUUGAUAUUUGGUGAUAAAUGUAAAAUAAAAGCACCGAUAGUAGUGUAGCUCGAGCAGGCGUGUUUAUUUUCUCAAACAGAUAAUGAAAAUAUAAAGGUAUCAUUUCGCCGCAAUAUAGCCAAUUGAAUUUGGACUAAAAACUGAAAACAACUAUUUCUAUGACAAAAACGCUGUUACGAUUCACGGUUAUAGACAUAGAGCACAACCAUUGAUUACAAAUAAAUCCUAUUUAUUAAUGAACGGUAAAACAUUAACAACGAUUUAUCUCAUAUCAUAUUCUAAUCGUUAAUUAAUAAUAAUCGUAUGUGGCCACACUAUUCGUAUUUCCAUUGCUUGCAUAUUGCAAUCGAUGGUAUUUUAUUUUUACACUCGGUUGAAAUAAAUUGAAAAAUGUUUUCGAUUUUUCAAAGAUUUCAAUAGGUGUAAGGUAUUUUUUUUCCGAGUGUUAAUAUUUAAAUAGAAAUUGCAGAUCCGGGUGGUAUAGGCAACAUUUUGUACAUGCCUGAUAAAAUAAUCACGGGUUGUUAUUUUCACUCCUUAAAUAAAAAAAAACAAACCCGAUGUUCGCAAUAUUAUGAUUUUGCAUAUUGUUCAAUAUUAAACUUUCAGAUUUGUGUAGAUGUAUUAGAAUUAUUUCUUUUUCAAUAUUAAAACAAAAAUUAUAAAAUUCACUUAAGACAUAAAAUGUUGACCGUUAUUUAACAAGAGAAAUUGCCGAAUGCCGAAUAUUCAUAAAAUGAUAAUUAUAUUCAAUUUUAAUCAAAACUAUUGAACAUUAUUAAUCUAUAAUUAUAAAUUGUAACGUCUAGUCAAUGGUUAAUUUUAUAUUGUAUUGUUCAAUUUUUUUCACAGAGUAACAAACCUAUAAUGGAGAAGAAGAGGAGAGCUAGAAUUAAUAACUGUUUAAAUGAAUUGAAAACUUUGAUCUUGGACGCGACUAAAAAAGACGUAAGUAUUAAAUAGUAAGAAUAGUGGAAUAAUAUGUACUAACAUUAAACAAUUUAAUUAAUUAUUUUUUUAUAUUAUUGUAGCCAGCCAGACAUUCAAAACUGGAAAAAGCAGAUAUAUUGGAAAUGACUGUAAAACAUUUAGAGUCAAUGCAAAGGCAUAGUGUAGCUUUAUCGGCUGCCACAGAAUCAACGGUAGCCAACAAAUUCAAGGCUGGGUUUACUGAGUGUACAAACGAAGUAAGCCGAUUCCCCGGACUUGAACCCCAUGUUCGUAAACGACUUAUGCAACAUUUAGGCACAUACUUUAACAAAGAAAAUGGUAGUUGUAAUUCAAAACUUCCUCCUGCAGCAGUAGAAACAUCGAAUCUCCAAUUGCAUUUGGAUUCUAGUCAAAACGCUAUACUAUUGGGCUCUACUGGAUCAGCUUGUGGGGUCCAAUUAGUUCCGACUAGGCUGCCCAAUGGUGACAUUGCCCUUGUUUUGCCAUCGAGACCUACUGAAACAUCGCCGACAUCACCUCCUCCUCCACCACCUCUUUCUAUGACUGUACCUACUCCUCCUUCCACUCAAUCUGAUUCUUCUGGUAGUGAAUCACCUAUGCCUGAUAGACCAUCGUCGUGCUAUUCAAUGGGCAGUUGUGAUAGUACAGAUACAUACAGUCAAUCAGAAUUGCCAUUGGCGUUGGUUACCAAACAUAAAAAAGACGAUGAACAAUCAGAUUUAGAACAACCUUGGCGACCAUGGUAGCAAAGACUAAAAAUAUUCGUACAAAUUGUUCUCAAUUUGUUUUCAUUUGAACAGGAGAUUCUCAUUAAUUAAGUGUUUUUAUCUUUACAAUUAUGAUGUAUGCACAUUUUUUCGGCUGUUUAUCAAUACUUUCAUUGAUAAUAUUUAUUUGUGCCAUACAUUUAAAAAUAGAUAUUUAUUGUAAAAUUUGUUUAUUCAAAAAGGCUGGUAGCGCAUAACUAUUUUAUAAGACAGUUAUUUUAUGUAUUUUUAUUUACAUUAUUACUAUUUACUUGAACAAUCUGCUCAAACAGUUUAAAUGUUUUUGUUUUAUACUAAAUUUAUUACAUAAAAUUGUACAAUUUCAUUCACUAGAACAUUAAAAAUAAAACAGGGUUCAUGCUAUAAUUGUGUUAAUUUUAUUUAAUAUCAUUUAAAUUUGCUGGGCAUUAGUGCAACAUAAUAUACAAAUUAUAAAAAUUGGUUUUUUUUUUUUUUAUUUUCGCUGUUAACAAUAAUUAAUAUACUAUUUGAAUAUUACAUGGUUCAUAGAUAUUUUAAUAAACUUUAUUUAUUUAUGUCAUGAAGGCAGUAAAAAUUAAAUAAAAUAUUUUACUGUAUUUUAUUGUAAAAUAUUUUUUAUUUUAUGUUUACUUUCUAUUUGACUAUAUUCAUUACAUUAUAUUUAAUAAAUGGUUUCAACUUUUAUUGAAGUUUUCUAGUUUAUUUGAUUUGUAUUUAUUUAUAUUGAAUUAUCUAUAUAGAUCAAAUAGUUUAAGUGAUACGAUUGUAAAAUAAGUAAAUAUAUAAAAUGUAUGAUUAAAUACAUAAUUUAUUUUAAUUUUUUUUUUUUUGUUGUUAAAUACGAGUGAGUAUGAAUGCAAUUUUGUUAUAUUUUGUACUUAUAUGUAUUAUUGUAUUAUAAAUAAAUACAUGUUAAAAAAAGUGCCUCAAACAGCAAUAAUCAUAUUGUCUUCCAUUUGAUUGUAUCUUAGUGGGUUAACCUAUUAUUUAAAAGUUACUUUAUUUUUAUAUUAUGUUAUUCAAUUAUGUGAAAUAUAUUGUAAUUACUUGAUUUUUAAGUAAUAAAAUAAGAAACAUGUUAUGAAUAAAUAUUUGUUGUGAUUUAAUAUGAUAGACAGAGUUAUUUGAAUAUGAAUUGAUCAACAGAAAGUCUACUUAGAGCACUAUAGAUAAUACAUGAAUAAUAUGUAAUUAAUAAUUGUAUUUAUUUAUUUAAUCUAUACACAAGGUGAUUCUUUUAAGUGGGUACAUUCAUUAUCUCAGACAGUAUUAACUUUUUCCGGGAUUUGUUUUCUUGAACACUUAAGAAACAAGCUGCUCUACAAUUUUAUAUUUGUGUUAUUUUUUGUAACCCUUAUUUUUGGGGGUAAAACCGCUAUCUACUUUUUAUUUUUAAAUAGCAACUUAUAUUAAAAAAUCCAUAAAUAGAUGGAGUAUAAAUUAAAAUAAAUUUUAGUAUUGACAUUUGUUAUUUCUAUCAAACCGUUGACAAGAUAUUCCACUUUUAAUUUUAGGUUGGAGGAGAGUAAUGGUGCAUUAAUAACACGUCGCGUGCCGUAC